AUGGGGGAUCUAAAAGGUCAUCUUUUGCCCGGAAGCUUGUUCAUUGUCUAUGGACUCUGGUGGGCAAUUGGAGCCAUCAAGCGGUUCCUUGUAUGUCGGAAGACAGGGACCAGAUACAUCUCCACUGCGACAUUUCCUUGCCCCUGGUCGUGUGGCAGAGUUGGUUCGUGGCCGAUUGAGGCCAUCAUCAAGAUUAUUUUGUCAUCGUUUGGGAUGUUCGCAGAAAUUACCUUCAAUCUUCCACAUCCCAACAUGGGCAUUGUUCAGCACGCAACCAUGUACUUCUUCUUCAUGGUAUCCGGUGUUGUUGACUUGCUUAUACAUUUUGGAGUGCCUCUGCCGCCUGGCACCGACUACAUCUCAGUAGCCCUGGCUUUCAUGGUGGAGGGACUGCUGUUUGCUAACCACUUGCACGAAAGAGAAGUCCUGGAUGUUAAGAUUCACCUCUUGCUGGUCUACGUUGUGUUUGUGACUGUGGUCGUGGUGCUAUUGGAGGCAAGAAUUCAGAGGUCGGCGUUGCUGACGUUGGCGCGAUCCUACCUGCUGAUGCUUCAGGGCAGCUGGUUCUGGGGGGUAGGGAUCAUCCUGUACGGGCAUGGAGACAAGAAUCUGGCGUGGAAGCUAGACAGCGCCAUGGAUGCUAUGCAAGCAACGAUAUACUUCAGCUGGCACUGUGCGGCACACUUCGUGCUUCUGGUUCUCAUGGUAAUCAUUAUGUCCCGGUGUUAUCGAGUGCAGAGAGAUCCCUUCAGAAACGGAUCCGAACUUCCGCUAGCCGACCUCAGCAGCGAAGACAAGCAAGACGGCUACCGUGCAUUGACCAUUCAAGAAGACGAUAGCGAUAUUGAAUUUGAAAGACCAGCGGAGAAAGCACUUUUGCCCUCAUGA